CCACCCUGGGGCUACAGGCUGUGUGUGUGUCACCAGCUCACGGAGGGGAAGAUGAUGGAGCGCAGGAAGAAGAUCGCCCUGGAGCUCUCCGAGCUGGUUGUCUACUGUCGGCCCGUUCCCUUCGAUGAAGAGAAGAUUGGCACGGAACGUGCCUGCUACCGGGACAUGUCGUCCUUUCCGGAGACGAAGGCGGAGAAAUACGUGAACAAGGCCAAAGGCAAGAAGUUCCUCCAGUACAACCGGCUGCAGCUCUCCCGCAUCUACCCCAAGGGCCAGCGGCUGGACUCCUCCAACUACGACCCCUUGCCCAUGUGGAUCUGCGGCAGUCAGCUCGUGGCCCUCAACUUCCAGACCCCAGACAAGCCUAUGCAGAUGAACCAGGCCCUCUUCAUGGCCGGCGGCCACUGCGGCUACGUGCUGCAGCCGAGCACCAUGCGGGACGAGGCCUUUGAUCCCUUUGACAAGAGCAGCCUCCGAGGUCUGGAGCCAUGUGCCAUCUGCAUUGAGGUGCUGGGGGCCCGGCACCUGCCAAAGAACGGCCGAGGCAUCGUGUGUCCUUUUGUGGAGAUUGAGGUGGCCGGAGCAGAGUAUGACAGCGUCAAGCAGAAGACAGAGUUUGUGGUGGACAAUGGACUGAACCCUGUGUGGCCUGCCAAGCCCUUCCACUUCCAGAUCAGCAACCCGGAAUUCGCCUUUCUGCGCUUUGUGGUGUAUGAGGAAGACAUGUUCAGUGACCAGAACUUCCUGGCUCAGGCUACCUUCCCAGUGAAAGGCCUGAAGACAGGAUACAGAGCUGUGCCUUUGAAGAACAACUACAGCGAGGACCUGGAGCUGGCCUCCCUGCUCAUCAAGAUCGAUGUUUUCCCUGCCAAGCAGGAGAACGGGGACCUCAGUCCCUUCAGUAUGUCUCUGCGGGAGCGGGGCUCCGAUGCCUCGGGCCAGCUCUUUCACGGCCGGGCCCGGGAAGGUUCCUUCGAAGCCCGCUACCAGCAGCCGUUUGAGGACUUCCGUAUCUCCCACGAGCAUCUGGCAGACCAGUCUGACAGUCGGGAACGGAGGGCCCCACGUCGGACUCGGGUCAACGGAGACAACCGCCUCUAGCUGUUCGCCAGCCCCGUGGAGAGCAGCAGGCGCCGCGUGCCUCGUGGAGCGCCGCGAGCUGGGUUCCUGGGACGCGGCCUGCCGUGGCGGCCGUCCUGGCCCUGAGGCCUGGAGCUGGGUUCCAGCAGUGACUGCUAGACAAACCAAGCCACUGAUGAGUUGUAGUACUGUUUGGGGCCUCCAUGCCCCAGCUCUGGGUGAAGGCGAAACCCGUACUGUGACUCGAAUUAAUUAAGCACACACAUCUGGUCCUGCCUUCUGGGGGUGGAGCCUUUCGUCCGUGGGGCCAGGACCGUGGCAGUAGCCUCUUGGGGACAGAGGCUGCCUCGGCCCGCUGCACGGGCGGCUCGGAGGAACCGCUGACCUUGCCGAGAGAGCCGCAGCGGCCUCGCUGGGCCAGGGAAGCAGCCCCGAGUUUACAUCGUCCUGGAGCUUCACAACCCCAGCUGGGAAGGGGUGAGGGUCGCUGGCCACUGGCCGCAGAGCCAGGGCGGGCAGCACAGGACCCGCCUGGAGAGGGGCUCCGCCAGCUCGAGGAAGAGGACACAGCACAAGGGCACACUGCCCGCGGCCGGGAACACCACCCAGCCCGCAAGAUACUUGGGAUCGCGUCAGACGCAGCCGCGGCGGGCGGCCCGGGCUGCCGUGGGCCCCCGGGUGAGGGGCCACCUGGAGGAUGGCCGGCAGCACCUCAGGACCUUGGGGGAGGAGGGGGAGGACCCGGACGCCCUGCGCUGCCACGGGCUACACCGCCUGCCUGCUGCCCGAAGCCGGGGGGGCGGUGGGCAGCCCAAGGCAGGUGCUCUGGAUGCAAACCUGGAGUCGGGACCCGCUCACCGGGGCGCCGGAGUUUGCGGACGUGCUGGCCCAGCCGCACCGCCCCUCCUGCCCCACGGUCAGCUGUGGCGCGCCUCGCACUCACGCAGGGGCCACGGCCAGGCUGGAGGUCUAACGGCCGGAGCGGCAGACUGGAGGCCUUGGUCGGAGACAGGUGCGGCCCAGAGCGGGGCUUUUCCCCAGUACGUUCAGGAAACUGCACACACGGACAUGCCUCCUUCAGGGUGCCCUCCAGCAGGCCAGCCAGGGGACCCCCUUCCCCCCCGCCCGGCCCCCUGCCCCGUCCGAGUUCAGACUGAAGACCACUCUCCCUGUUGCAGCAGCAGACCUGGGAUCGGAGCCUGCAGACAGCACGGCAGGAGGAUGCCGAGAUGAUCCUGAGUGUUCAUUAAACCAGUUCAAAGUCCUGUUACUGGGCAUCUGUGAUGUUGGAGAUGGAAAUUUUAAAGGUUAUUUUUUGCACACCCCGUUUCUCACUAUCUUCAUUAUUUCACGUAGGGUAUGAUUUUCUAGGUCUUCCACUUCUAACCGGAAAGCUGCUUGGUGGGGGUGGGGGAGCAAACUGAGCGAACUUGUCUGCACUGUGGCAGAACUGUUAUUUUUAUGGAUUUUACAGCUCAACUAACAGUGUUACCUUUUCAAGAUUUAUAUAUUUAUAUACUCUUAAGAAAAACCACUGAGCCGUUAAAGCCUUGUUAUUACUCGAUCCUAAUAGUGAUUCCGUUUUCUGUAGCUUACUUUUAGGGUAGAAGGUAAAUUAUUUAACGUUCUAUUAAACUUUCCAUACCAUGGAUUGUAAACCGAAGGAAAUUAUACAAAUUUCUGAGAAAA